AAAUCUAAAAAAACCAUGUGUAGGUGGAAGCUGGAGGUGUAUGCAUGCUCUUGUUCGUCUCCUAGAGAUGUUGCUGUUACAGCUCGCAAACAGCUAAGUGAAGUUCCGAUAUGUUGUCCAGUCGACAGCUACCUAGAGAUCAGUGUUUCAAACACAUUCAAGUGUGUCCAGGAGACAAAGAACAUGGAAGACCUGUUUGAAUUUCCAGUCUCAACCCCCAACUGCACUUGGACAAAUAGACAUGAAUUUGAAGUUAUUGACUUGGAAAAAGUUAAUCAAAGCUCAGAUAUCUUCUGUGUUGGAGCAGUCAAACAACAUGGAGAAUCUGUGUAUCAGAUUAGAGGAAUUCAGUGUCGGUUGGUUUGUGAUGGUAAAACACCAUGUGUCAGGCGUUGCGGGAAUAAUGGUACUUGGUGGGAUGACAGUGGAUGGUCAAUUGAUCAAACCCCAGAAGAGAAGGAUUAUUUUAAAAAGAACAACAUUCAUGUUGAAUAUGGAAUAGUGUCUAAAGAUCCUAUGAUGGAUAUGAUGAUCUUAUAUCCCCUGGGAUCCUGCUUAGAUAAGUUUAUUCUUGAUGUUAACUCCAGCAGUCUUUACCUACCAGCCAGAAAUACUACAUUGCACUAUGGAGAAUUUUGUCUAGCCCCACGUAAUCCAGGAAACAGGAAAGGAGGUUUAUUUCUCCAGGCAAAUAUGCUGUUAGAGGAGAGCAGUGGAAAAGUACAGAAAUAUCAAGCAUAUAUUCUUCUAAUAUCAGUAGUUUGUCUUAUUAUCACAAUCAUCGUGUAUUCUGUUUUACCGGUCAUGCUUAAUAACUAUUUCAAGAUAAUGCUUAAUUUUGCAAUCUCCAUGCUUGCUGGUUUUCUCUCCCUAACAGCAGUAAAGAUGAAACCUUGGUUUGCUCAUGAAUACAGUGUUGCCACCUGUAAAUUUUUGGGAUACUUUAAUCAGUUUUUUCUGAUUGCAAUGUUCACCUGGAUGACCAUGAUGAGCUAUGAAAUUUUUAAACAGAUAAAGGGACUAAAGCAGAAGAUAGGCCGUGGAAACCUAAAGCAGUUGACUAAAAAGCUAAUGGUUGGAUAUGGUGUUCCCUUUUUAAUAGUGUUUUCUGCUGUUGUAGUUGAUUUUUCUGCGGAAGGAACUGAGGAAGACUGUGGACUUCUCCGCCCAAAGUUUGGAAUUAGGUUUUGUACAUUCAAUAAUCGUGAUGAUAAAUUUUUCUGGCUUCUUCUUCCAAUUCUCAUUAUGCUAAUCCUCAACACUCUUAUGUUCAUCUAUAUUGUUACAGAAAUAUGCAGAAAUGCUUCAGUGCGUAAUGAUUUCCGAUCUGGAGGAGUGAAUAGGAAGGAACAGAUUGAUAAAAUGCUUCUCUAUCUAAGACUGUUCUUUGGUAUGGGAUUUGUUUGGUAUUUUGAGAUUUUGAGCUUCCUACUGGAUACACCAAACUCAGACUGGACUUGGUUCCCUGAUACACUCAACAUGCUACAGGGAGUAUGGGUCUUUAUUACAUUUGUGUGCAAGCGUAAUGUUUUGAAUAUAAUCAUGAAGAAAAAAGAUCGUCUCUAUGUUUCCCUUCGACGCAGCACAAUAGGAGACAAUGGAGAAAUAAAAGUUAAACUAUCUGAAAUAAGAGGCCAGAAAGAAGUGACCUCUGUUCUAUCUACCAGAGUAAGUGCUUCCAUCUAUGAUCUUGAUCCAUCAACUACCAAGAGUCAAAAACAGCAGCAGCAGCAGUCACAGCAGCAGCAGCAGUAGCUGCUGUCACAGAAUCAGUUGCAAUAAUGACUUUAUAGAUGUUACAUUGUUACAUUGUAAACAUAUAUACUUGUAAAUACACAUAAUACCUUGAUUUUA